AUGAAUUUAUUGGAUGUUUCAAAGUCCAAUUCAUUAUCACGAUUGAAUUUGUUAUCAUCAGAUCGUUUAACUGACAAAAUCAAUAUAUUAUUUUCACAUUUUAUUCCAUUCCAUGAUAUGAUUCAUAUACAAUCACGUCGACAACGUUAUGGUAUUGUAGAAAAUUUUUUAAUAGAAAAUUUAGAUUAUUUACCUAUUGGUCAUGACAUUUAUGUUAACUUUACCAAUAUGAUAAAUUAUUAUUAUGAAUUCUCAACCAUAAUGAUCAAUAAAUCUAUGUCAAUGAAUAAUGAUGAUUCAACAAUAUAUUUUGAAGAAAAAACUUUUCUUGAUAUAUUAAGAUUAAUUAUCGGUGAAAAUGCAACCAAGGCCAUAGAUUAUUUACAUUAUAUUCAUACUAUUGGUUAUGAAGAUGCAAUUUAUGUGAAUUUUGUGAAAAAAGCUUAUGAGCAAUCAUUGAUGCCAAAAAAAUAUAUACCUGGUCAACCAUGGUAUAUGUUAUUGAUGCAUUCAUGGAGAUUAUACUAUUUAUUAGUAAUUAGUAGUUCCAGUGUUUGGUUACGUUCUAGACCGGGAAGUAUUAUUUAUGAAGGUGAUUUGCCUAAAACACUUGAUGAAUGGAGUGUUAUAUUCAUAUAUUUAAUAUGUUCAGUAUUUGAAUCUAAUAAACUCGAUAGAGAUUAUCAACUACCGUAUGGCUUUUGCCCAAAUCCAUGUUUAAAUAAUCCAUGUCUUGAAGUAGCCAAUACAGUAUCGAGUAAUUGUAUAAAAACUGGAUACUUUGAAAAUAGUUACAAAUGUGAAUGCCGUCAUGAUUAUGAAUGGAAACAAGUUAAAGGAUAUAAAGGCUAUUGUGAAGCAAUCGAUUUAUGUGAUAAAUAUUGUGACAAAUCUGGGACCAGGAAAUGUGAUAUUAUAGAAGAUAGAUAUUUCUGCGUAUGUCGUCCUACUCAUAUGGGUUCAAAUUGCAAUUACAAACGUGAUCCAUGUGUGGAACUAGCUUCCAAUGUUCCUAUGGCAGGGAACAUAGCGUGUAACGUUGCCAAUGGUGGUGUGUGCAAGGGAACUUUAGGGACAGACACUUAUUAUUGCCAAUGUCCAAAGUCAUUUACCAGUGAUCCAACUUAUCCUAACCCAAAUUGUUUACAAAUUAAAGAUCAAUGUGCCAGUACAGUAUGCAUUCAUGGUGAUUGUGUUAGUUCAAAAAAUGGACAAGAAACUUAUUGUAUUUGUCCUGAAGGAAGAUAUGGAAAAUAUUGUGAAUUAACACGUGGACAAUGGGCUCAAUGGUCAUCAUGGUCUGAAUGUUCACCGAAUUGUGGACUUUCCAAUAAUCGAAAACGUACACGUACACGUAACUGUUUAGGUGAAGCAUGUAGUGGUAGUUUAGGUUAUUUACAUUUAGAAUUUUGUGAUAUAAAACCUUGUUCAGAUGAAAUGUUACUGUUAAAUAAACUAGAUUCAUUACAAGAUUUCAAAGAAUUGAAAUUGAAAAUGUUACAAGUAAAAGCAACACAUUAUAUAGAAAUAUCAGGUAGGAUUGCCAGCUAUCUAUUAUUAUUAACCUGUAUUGUUUCUGCAAUUACAGUGACAGCUAUGAUAAUAGUUGCAUAUUAUUUGUAAAAUUUAAAU